AUGGGCGGCUUCGCCAUCGACUACGAGCACGACUCUGAGGAGAUCGUUGCGCUGAAGAAACACAUCGCCAACCAGGACAAUAAGUGCGCCGGAUUAGAGGAUCAGCUCUUGAAAUGCGGUCGCAAGCAGAGGGAAACGCAGAAUACACUGGAUGAGACGAUCGACAAGUUACGAAGGGAAGCUGACAGUGCUGUCGAGCUGCGGAAAGAGCUGGAGAAGCGGAGGGAGGAGCUGGCACGGGAGCGGAUGAUGCGCCAGAACCUGGAACUCUCGAACCAGUCCUCUGGCCAGCAACUCCAGUCCGACGCCAGCACCCGCAAAGAGCUCCAGGCGACGCUCGAGGCCGUUGCCGCACGUGAGGCCGCCGCCAAGCGCGCCCUCGACGACGCUGCACGCGACAAGGCGGCCCAGGACCUGCGCAUCCGCGAUCUGGAAGCGAACCUGCAGCAGCUGGCGUCUGCCACUGCACCCAAGCGCCGCGGCCGCGCCUCGUCGUUGUCCGGAAUUCAUUUAGCGUCUCUUGAACGCGAACUCGCAGAGACACGUGCCGCCGCCGCUCGAAGCGAGGCCGCCGCGGCCCAGGCUGAGAAACGCGCUUCCCAGGCCCGGUCCGAUGUUGUGCGCAUCGAGAACGACGCGGUGGCGAUGGAGAGGAAGUUGAGGGCAGAGGUACAGGAGGCCAGGGAUCGUGCAGCGGAGCAGACGGAGGAGCUCGAAUUCUUGCGGGCACAGCAGGGCGCUGGCGUCGAACGCGAGGCAGAGUUGAUGGAACGCAUCGAGAUGGAGGAGGCAAAGGUGGCGCAGAUGGAGAAGUUGCUCGCCGGCAGUCGCGACAUGUCACGUCUAGAGGACGAGCUGGCCAAGACGCAGAAGAAGCUCAAGGCGGAGCUGGCGAGGGCGCGGGGGAUGGAGGACCGCCAGUCCGCACUUGUGCAGGAGAGGGAUGACGGCCUGCGAUUGCUGGAAGAGGCCAGGGGACGGGCAGAGCGUAUCGCGGAGACGCUACGCUUUCGGGAAGCGGAUAUUUCGUCUUUUGAAACUCGCGAGAGGGAGUACAACGCUCGUCUGCAACAGCUUUCUUCAGAGAACGACGCAUUGAAAGACAACAACUGCGCUUCUUCUGAGAAGGACGCGUACGUCGAGAAGCUUCUCAACUCAGUAACGCGCAUUCGUGGCGAACGCGAUGGUCUCAAACGAGACCUCGACUUCCUCCAAGUUGAAUCCCGGUUCACCAUCCAGAGUCUCGAGGCCAAGGUCCAUUCAUCUUCUGCACAGCUGGCAGAAGUGACUUGUCUCCGCGCCCGGGUCUCUGAACUCGAGAGCCGUACAGAUGUCCGGACUCCCGCAGACAACGCGCUUCUUCACCGUUUGGGACUCGUCUCAACCGCUUCUCUGGUGGUUGCAGCCCGGUUAGGGUGUUUGAGAGACCACGCAAUCGAGGACCUCGCCCACACACGGGAUGAAUUGGACCACCGUCAAUCAGCACACGACGAACUUCUCACCAGCACGAAUGCGACACGCGACCAGCAGAUCGCAGAGCUCCAACGAACCGUGGAGGAGCUUCAAGAGCAUCUUGACGCCUGCAAUAGCGAGCUCGCAGAGUCUAACAUCCGACGCGAUCAACUGGAGGCUACGGUCGACCAACUUCAGUCUCAAGUCAAGGAUCUCCAUCAACUCAGUCGUAGCGCUCGCUCCGAGCAGUCGCAGAUGCACAUUGACUUGGAGGAGAAGAAGCGCGAGUUGGUCGAAUUUACUCGUGCGCUUGAGAAUGUGGAAUCUGAGCGCGACACGCUCUCCACGCAAGUCAUGACUCUACGACAUGACCUCGAUCAGGCGAGAGAGGACAUCAAACGUAGCGACGAGCGCUACACCGCUUUACAAGCGCAGCAGCUCUCCUUGCUCCCUUCAGAUGGCGUCGCCUCCGCCCUGCGCAAGCAGCUUGAGGAGUACAAAGAUCGUGUUGAGCGCCGGAACGAGCAGAUCGGCAAGCACCAGCACGAGAUUCAGCGGCUCGAGGCGACGCAACGACUACAGGAGGACCGGCUCACGGAGCUCAAUGAUGAGUUGGAUGUGGCGAUGACAGAGAAAGAGAGUAUGAUUGAGGAUUGCGCCGAGGCGAGGGAGGCGCGGGAUGCAGCACUUCAGCGCGUUGAAAAGCUCGAGGAGGAGUUGGAGGCAAAUGAGGUCGCAAUGCAGAGAAUACGGGAUCAGCAUGUCGUGGAGUCGGCGAGUCUCAUAGGAGUCUGGGUUUCGGCGAUCGCUGGACGGAGGGAAUCUGCGACUCGCUUCUCGUCUGCCAUACGCCGUAUCCACGCACAACAUGCCGACGCUCUCCAGCAGUUGCAAGUUGCAGAGGAACAACGCAGUCUCACGGCAUCCGUCUCCGACGCUCGCGCAUCCCAGCUCGAGGCCGCUAUAGAAGAUGCCCGGACGGCGCGCGGCGAGGCAGAACAGACAGCUAUCGCACUCGGCGUUUCGCAGUCCAGCCUUCGCCAAGUUGAACAACUCUUGACAACCGAGCGUGACGCGCGCGCCGACUUGGACGCUCAACUUACCUUCGUGCGCGAGGAACUCGAUACGCGUGUAGCCGAGGUCGCUGCGCUUCACGCGCGCUUGGAGGAUCUCCGCGGCGAGAAGUUGUCGCUAAGCUCGACAUCUGAAUCGCAUGCUGCUCAGGUCCAGACUUUCCGGUCCAGGAUAGUGGCACUUGAGGAGUCGGUUCGUGAGAUGCAAAGUCGGGAACAGGUUGCGCGGCAGGAACUCGCGUCAGUGGAAGAAACCUUGCGCCAAAGCAAGAAGCGCGAAGCUGCCCAGAUCCUUACUACGCAUACCCUCGAGUCGGAGAUUGAGGAGUUGCGCCGAAAGCACUCGACAGAACUCGAACAGGCUCUCGCACGCCUAGAGAACGUCACGGCGAACCUUGAGGGUGCGCAGAACGAGCGCGAGGUCGAGGCCAAGGCCCGUGAGGUUCUAGCGGAUGAGCUCACUGCCAAGAGGACUGCACUCGAGCUGCGCGUGCACGAGUUGCUCGUGGAGCUAGAGGCGUCCAGCCAAUUGUCUGAGGACGUUGAAGGGCUCAGGGCAAAGCAUACGAUGGAGGUCGAGCGGUUGACUCAGGAGAACGCGCUCGCGUCAAAGGAGCUUCAAGAGGCUCGCGUGGAGCUGGAGGCUCUUCGUUCGUCCCAUGUCCAGCAGGCGGCAGAGGCAUCCGAGGCGAAAGCCGGUUUGGAGACUCGUAUCAUCGAGCUCGAGGCAGCCAUCAAGACUUCCGAGGAGGCGCUUGACCGCGCGGAUGCCCUUCACGCCGAGGAGCUAGCGGCGUCAAAUGAGAAGGUCUCUGGGCUCGAGAGCAACCUCCAAGCUCUUCAGAUCCGCCUCGAUGAUGAAGACAAGCGUCAUGUCGAGGAGCUGCAGGUUUCCCGGGAUGAGCAAGAGCGCUCAGCGCGUCGAUUCGAUGAGGCACAGGCACGUCUUGCUGUGCUUCAGGAUGACAGAGAGACCAUUCAGGGCUCGCUUGCAGAGGUGCGGGAGAGUCUCAAAGCUGUUUCCGCUCAACGCGUCGCUUUGGAGGAACAGAACGCCGCGCUUCAGGCCGACAUUGAGCGUCAUGCUUCCACACGUCAACAAGCCGAAGGUCAGGUUCAGACAAUUCGACACGAGUUGGAAGACACGCGAUCUGAAGUCGCACAACUCCGGUCAGAGUUGGAGCGGUCUCAAGGUCUCCUCACCAACGCCCAAUUACAGCUGGAUCUUGAGGUCACUGAGCACAGACGCAUUCUCGACGGACUGCAUAAGCAGAUUGCUCAACUCAAGUCACGCGCGUCUGAAGGAGGCCUCGUGCGUGAACUCCAGGAACAGCUGCGCGAUAUGGACGUCCUUAUGUCUAAGAAGAACGAGGAGAUUGAGGGCAAUGACGAUCGUGUUAUGAGCCUGAUUAAGGAGAACAAGAAACUUGCUGACAAGGUCACAAAACUUACACGCAAGGUCGACUCGCUACAGAAGAAGUUCACAGCUGCGAAGGAAGCCGCUGCCACUGCUCCUCCUCCCGCAUCGAACCCCAUAGCCGUUGCGCCUGCCCCAAGCCUGGCAUCGGCGUCGUCAUCUACCACGGCGCCUAUUCAAAGUGAAGGGUUCACAACCAAUACGUCGGGCUCCAGCUGGACCCCGCCCGUGCUCGACGGCAGCCGCUCUUCCACUCGAGUCAGCCCCCCUGCGCCCGUCGCCUCCUCCUCAUAUGCGCCACCUGUUCAUACACUCUCGGUGGAAGUCCCGCCCACACCCCGUUCGCGCGCGCGCCUCAGCGCGGGCAAUGGCUCGAUCGCGAACGUUCGGCCGAAGACUCCGGAACGUCGUUUCCCGACCGUGUUCCGACGCGCAAAGACCCCAGAGCCACAGAAGCGUCUAUCGCCGUGCGAGGAUAAGCAGCCUACCGCGUCCACCCUGGGCAAGCGACGCGCAGACGAUAUCGACGACCAAGUGCCCGCGCAGGGCUUCACGAGCGAAGGCACGAUGGACCCUCGGGAGCUUGGGACUUUCGGAGAGUCUACCCCUCGCGCGCGGAAGAGCGUUCGGACGGGCUUCACUCCUGUUCGCAACACUACGAGCAGGCCGACCGUGACCGUCAACACCGCACAACAUUCACCAGAGCGCAGGCGUGUUGCGCCUAUGCAUAUCUCGGACGUCACGAACAGCCCGCGGGGUUCAGCUGCGCAUGUACGCGCUACGACCGAGCCGGCGGCAGCGUCGAAUAAGCCGGGCAAGUGGGUCAAUAGGUUAAAGAGCAGUACGAAUGGAGCACCUGCUGCACGGACUGUCAGCACAAUGCGCUCCUUCUUCGAAAAGGGCUCAUAG